UAACUGUGACGUAACGAUCCCAUUGUUGUCGGUUGCUAGGGGCGACGUUGUCGGUGUCUAGGACGUACAGUUGGCGGCAAACAUUGGCAGCGGUGUACUUUAUCAAACCGUUAACUCACAGAACAAUCAAGUGAGAUGACGACUGUAGGCGUGGAUUCGGGGUAUAACAAUCAGGCACAGCCCAUGAAGAUACCUAGCUAUUCCUACCAAUAUCCUUCCCAUAGGAAAGUACAGUUAGCCGCUGUCAAGGAUGGUCUGUUCCACCCCAAACUUCCCAGUUUCCGGAGAAUGGAUAUGGAUACGGCGGGACACAAGCUUCCAUAUGAGCACUGCAGAACCACCACCACAUGUGGCCCAGAGGAUUUCAAGAGGUCCACGUCAACGCUGUUUGAUCCACCAACGAAACAAAUGUCUAGUCUGGAAAUCACACAAACAGGGAAACAGCUACACAGACACUACACAACACCCGACGAACUCAAGAAAGCGAAAGAAGAAUGGUCGGAUUUCCUUAACAGAUCUCCUGAACGUUUUAACAUCAAACUGCCGGAACUUCCAGACAGCAAAGAUCAAAGAUUUUUAGGUUACUCUGUACGUUACCUGAGACCAGAAAUUACGAAAUCUUGGAGGUACACCCUAAAACAGGAACCCACGCUCGACCAGUACGGCCAGCGACCAAUGCCCGCUAACGUUUUUGCCCGAUACAGGGACACCUACCCACAGUACAGCAGGAAUAUCUCGUCAGAGGCGUGGAGAUAGUCACCAAACCAAUAGUAUUCAGUGUUUCAAAAUGAGAUAACCAAUCUGGAGAAGUGUAACAAAAGGACCAACAAUCAGCUUUGUUACAAAAAAGUUUUAACCAAUUGGAACUGUCAGCAUGUUGUGUACUCAUUGCUCAAAUGUUGUUAUUGUACAGUAUUGUUAAACCGGAUCCAGAAACAGGAGUAUAAUAGCCAAAACCUUCACGGUCAGGCGUGGAUCCGGAUUUACCCUCAAAGUAUUAUCUUAUAAACCCAUCUCAGUAUUUGUUGUUACAUUUUUUUCCCAUUUUAUCAUAGUUUAUAUAUAGAUAAAGACUAUUUCUAUAAUUGUUUACAAAAUUUGUGAUUUCCUAUGUGAUAUUUAUACCGUAUAUAUACUGCUUUAUACACGUUGUCUUAAUAUAUGAAACUAAGCAUGACACACUUUAUGUCUAUAUAAUGAUAGCAAAAAAAAGGUUAUUGAUUUUUUAAACGGAGCUUCUUUUUUCAAAAAUAUCAAUUUUUAGUGGUAAAAUUUUCAAUAUGUGUUGGAUUUUGUUAAUAUAAUUUUUUUCUCAAUAAUUUUUUUUCAAAACGACCUUGAAAAUUCCAUAUUUACAGUGCAGCCUCUUAUGUUCAUAGCCAUCAGUAUUAUUGUUGUUGGUGUAACUUUUCGAAGAAUUAUUUUAUCAUGUUCAUGCAGUGCUGUGUUAUACGUCUCUGUAAAAAAUAAAUAUUUUAC